AUGGCAACCGUUGGAGUCGACCUAGGCGGUUUCACCAGCAAGGUUUGUGUAUCCUGGGCUGGAAGUGAUACUAUCGAGUUACACGUUAACCGCGUUUCAAACCGUGAAACUCCUACAAUUGUAGCUUACGAUAAACGGAUACGUAUAUAUGGAGAAGAAGCCGACCUUCGCAGCAGCAGCUUGUACUCUUCAUCGAUAUGUUUGCUUCCAUAUAUCGUCGGGCUAUCAUCUGAAGACCUUUUGAACUUUAUACAAUCAAGACGUUACCUAUUCUCUCUUGCCUUAGAUCAAUCAUCCACAGAGUCUGCAUUCCAAGUUAAAUUCAACGAUCAGCAAUGUUUGGUGGAACCCAGGGAUAUCCUAGCGUUUUUCAUUAACAGGCUACUAGAGACAGUUCGGAAACAUCUAGGAUCGACUGACCUAAGUGGUAAUAACGGUAUCAUGCUCUCUGUACCUGUACCGGUAUACUUCACUGAAGCUCAAUGUCUGGGUAUCCGUAACUCACUGGCACCAUGGGGUUUUGGAGGAAUCAAGUUGUUCAAACAGACUGAGUGCCUGCUAAGGCGCUGGUGUGAUUCACAUCUUCCCGAUGUUUUUGACGAAUUCACACGUCAAACGGGCCAACCGUCAAUGCAUGUUGCAUUGUUAGACGUAGGAUUCUGCCACUGCACGUUUUUUGUGGCAGAAAUAACGAAAAAUGAAUCCUUCGAACAUCGCAUUGUAGCAGAAGAGUCCAAUGACCAUGUCGGCACAUUUCAAAUGAUCGAGAAGCUAGCAGAUAACGUCUGCAGGACAAUAGAAAGUAAAAAAGGUGAAACUACUGCCGUACCAAGUCGCCAAGCUUUUAACAUAUACAAAGGUUGUGCUAAGGCGCUCAAGGAACUUAGUGUGGUAUCAGAGGUUAAAAUUGAUUGUGAGCGUGUACUUUCAGAUGGCGAUGAUUUUUCCAUGAUGGUUGCAAGGAGCCAGUUUGAAGAGCUGUGUGCUCCACUUAAGGAAACAUUAGAAGGUAUGAUGCACCGAGUACUUGAGCCGGUACCGUCAGGUAGUAUGCUUGCGAUAGAGGUGAUUGGUGGUGGAUCACGUGUACCUUUUGUUAAGGCGUUGGCAACCGAGGUAGCGACAUCGCAUGGUGCUCCACAGGUAGUACGUAUGUCUCUAGAUUCUACGUCAGCAGUUGCUAGUGGUGCCGUAUCACUGGCCAAAGCGGACGCACCCACCUUAUUGGACGGUGUAUCUGUAGAUAUCGGCGAAUCGGAAGUUUCAGCAGCAGUUGCACGGGAGGAAUGUUUCUCCACUAUUGAGAAUGAGGAAUUCCGUAAACGUGCCGUGCUCAAUGAAAUAGACCAGUAUGUCAUCAAGACACGUAACGAUGCGCGUGGUGAUUUUAGUCAACAUAUCCAGUUACAAGAUGUCGACCUUUUCCUUUCAAAGUUGGAAGAAUUCGCUUUGGAUGCAGCCUCGGAUAAGGCCGUGAGUGCAUCUGCCUGCGAGCUGCAGCUGAACGAGUGCCGAGAGAACAUCAAGGCAAAAUUCCCCGGAUAUAUAUCGGCUUUAGAGGAGGCUGUUAAAGCCCGUGAAUCGGAAAUGGCACGUGCGGCUGUGACAGAUGAUAUAUCAUCUAUAUCCGGUGUCAACAUGGAUGUAACCCUCCCCAAGGCUACUUGCAUCAAACGUGCUGCUAAGAAUAAGGAUGAAGGGAACGCUCUGGUUGCCGGUGGAAACAUCGAGAUGGCUGCACAACAUUAUGUCAAGGCAUUGCAAUAUUGUUCAAAGGUUAACGAUGCAAACGAUGAGGAACGUACUCAACUAGACACUCUGAAAUUGGCAAGUAACCUCAACUUGGCCAUGUGUUAUAUCAAAAUGGAUACGCAACAAAGUUACAAGAAGGCUGUUAGCUGCUGUACUCAAGCUCUAGAAAUAAGUGCGGAUAGCACAAAGGCGUUGUACCGCCGAGCGUUUGCGUAUGACAAGCUCAACCAAUUGGAUGACGCGCUUUCUGAUGCAAGGCUUGGUGUCUCUAAAUUCCCCGAUAACGCAGAUUUGAAACAGUUGUUAGCGUGUUUGGAGAAAAAAGCCAAAAUACAAGAACAGCGGAUGAAAAAGCGUGAUGCUCUAUACCUGCUGAAGGUUAAGCGUUUGACUCGUAGGCUGAAGCUAGCAUUGUUUUUCGCACACACAGCAUCGAGGACACGUUUUCCCAGGGAUGCAGCCACGUCUAAUCUUGAAGAUAGAUACGAUGCGCAAGAAUGGGUACCGGAGUCACCUUCUGAUCUAGAGGUAGUAGUACGUACGACGCAUUAUUGCCAGAACCAGCUAGAACAGCUGAAAGGUGAAACUGACCUACGACGUAAAGCUGCCGGACUCAAAGAGACACUGACAUUGUUGGACAGAGUAGGCUGA